AGGGGAGAGAAAGGCAAGCCGGCCGUGCACGCCUCUUCCGCCCUGGGCCCGGAAGGGUGAUGUGGCUGGGGCUUCGCCGGCCUCACUAUGUCUGCCAUUUUCAAUUUUCAGAGUCUGUUGACUGUAAUCUUGCUGCUUAUAUGUACCUGUGCUUAUAUCCGAUCCUUGGCACCCAGCCUCCUGGACAGAAAUAAAACUGGGUUGUUGGGUAUAUUUUGGAAGUGUGCUAGAAUUGGUGAACGGAAGAGUCCUUAUGUUGCAGUGUGCUGUAUCGUGAUGGCCUUCAGCAUCCUUUUCAUACAGUAGCUUGGAAAAAUGCCAGAAUUCUUCAGUCGCCAUCAGAUUUAAAUAUGACAAAAAGGGACUGAUCUGCCGAAAAUAAUGGAAAGAAUGGUUGACCCCUGAACAUUGAAUGAGCUACACUUUCAGCUGCUGUUCUCUAUUUUUGUUAUUGGACCAAUGUUCUAUAUAAAUAAUUAGGAUGUAACAUUUACUACAUAGAGUUGAAAUAUGUCUGUAACAAUCAACCUCAGUACUGUCGCUACAAUAUUACAGUCUGCAUCUGUCAUUCUGUUGUGCCAGAUACCAGUUUUUAGUGAGGUAUCUUUAAGGCACAUAGUAGAAAACAAAACUGGUGAAUUAUUCAAGUUCCUUUCACUGUGAUUUGGAAAUGAUAAAUGUUUAUAGAGUGAGACCUUUUUUUUUGGACUAGCUUUUUGAUUGGGGGGGGUGGGUUUCAGUUUGUGCUGGUAAGGAUUGCAUUCAUAUUUAAUAAUGCUGGCUUUCCCUCUGGCCAUUUUGAGCAUUAACCAGAGUACCUCUGCUCCUAGCAAUAUGGGGUUUACUACAGGUGUUUGAACUAUUUAAAACAAGCCUCUGUAGUUCUUGAGGAGGAGGACAGAUGUGACUUUAGAGGAAAUGUUAAGACUAUUGAGAAAAUGUUCCUAUUUAACAUAAAAUAAUUCAGAAUACCUGACUGGUGUUAUUAUCUCUGAAACCUCUGGUUAAGUAUGGAUAAAUGUCUUAGCAAAAAUUUGACCAGCUGUCAUUCUGCAAAUAAGACUACAUGCUUAGAGUAAAAAGAGCUAAACAGAACAAUUACAGAAUGAUAAUCUUGGAUGUGUUUUUCAUUCUUUUUAGUGUUAGGUCUGUACAUUUUAAUUACCCCAAAAUACAAACUGUGUUUUUGUUUUUUUAAUACAUUGCUCUCAAUCUAGUUUAUGUUUUCUAUAUCAACUUGAACUGGAAUCUUGUAUAACUUAGUAAGUGAUGAUAAACAGCUUUCAAAUCUACUUACCAUAUGCCAUGGCAAAAAUGUCUUUGAGUUUUAUUGAUAAAGGAAAACCUUCAGUAAUUUUUAUCCAGGCAACAGGAUUUUUGGAAAUGUGACCUACAGAUUUUGUAGUAGAGCAGUUAUUACACAUUUAUGGUUAACAUUUAAGGUUCAACCAAAAUUCAGUUAAAAUUUCAAAACUAAGGAGAGCUUCUUAGCUAAAAAUUGCCUGUUACAGUUUUAAUUAGAUACUGUUGUCAGCUAUUACUUGCCAUAAAGAUAAGACUAAACCUUUUUUUUUUUUUUUUUUUUUUUUAAGAAAAAACUGUUUGGAAUUAUUAUAAAAUGAGCCUGCCAGUAGCUCUUUCUGCAGAAACAGAGUACGGACCUAAAAGUCACUUAUUUUUAUGACUACUUUAAGGUGCUUAGUAAGAAUUCUAGGAAACAUCUAAGAAAGUCUUGUUACAUGUUGCUGGUUUGUUUUUUGUUUGUUUGUUUGUUUGUUUGCAAAAGAUGAAAGCUUCUGUAGGCUAUCAGUAUCUUUGUUUAUUGUACAUUUCUGGCUUAUAUAGCUGAUUUUAAAUGGUAUAUUUUGCCUUAGACAGGUAAUCAGGUUAUGAUAAUUGUUCCUACCUGCACUGUCUCUUGGGCUGUUGCAUUAGGUCAAGGAUUUUCAGGGUAUUCCCCAAAAUAGAACUCUUAUCAGCAUACAGAGAAUAAGUAACCUUCCUGAGUCUAGUUUCUGAGUGACCAUCUGUUGUCCAACUCUGCUGCCAGCUAGAUUUUCCUAAAGCUAUGUCACCUAACUUUUUUAGUUGUUUACUAACACAAAUCUAAUAUGAAGAGGGCAAGAAUAUUCUAGGUAAUCAGUUCUAGUAUAUCUUUUUAAAAUAUAAAUUUAUUUUAAUUGGCAGUUAAUUACUUUACAAUAUUGUAUUGGUUUUGCCAUACAUAUCUCUUUAAGUUGGCAUUUCAGAGGAGGUAGGUGGAAGUAGAGGUAGAAAUAAUUUCUUUGGAAAAUUUAUGGCAGCAUAUAAGCAUUUUUUUUUUACUGUGUAUAGGUGCUGAACAAAGUGGGAAGCAGCUUAUUUCUGACUCCAUUCUGACUUUUUGAAACAUAAAAUCUGUGGGAGGUGGGGAAAAAAUCACAGGAUUCUGUGGGGGGGGCGGGAAAGGCAGUCAGCAUAUUCUUUUUUUUUUUUUUUUUUUCAAAGAGUUACCACUGAAUCCUGUUUUCUAACCUAAAGGGCAGAGUAGAUAGUUAAGUAGUCCACAGAAUAUUCAGAUACUCCUUUUGUGGUCUUAGCAGGUUGCAGAAGAGGAUUAAGGAUCAAUUUAAACAUCAGAGGUUCUGCCUGUAUCACACAGUCUUGGUGCAAGACCGGAUGGGAUGAUGGGCAGUAAAGUCCACAGUUUACUAGGUUUGAAUACUCUCCCUAAUCUCCUUCCUGGCUCCAGAAUCUUGAUUCCAGCCUGCCUGGAAUGUUUGUGUUGAUGUUUAAUUCCUGAUUGGCCUCAGCUGUAUCAAUGGCAGGAGCAUGUCUUCUUUCCAGGCAAUCAUAAAAAGAUGAUCAGUCAAAAGAACACAUAGUCUGUUGAAGUCCAUCUGUGGCUUAAAAAAGUUUAGAUACAAGUCCAGUAUCCUGUUAAUGCUUACGCUGCUGUGCCAGGCACUACUAUCCUGAAUGUUCUUUGCAUCAUCAAAUUCAAAAUAGCCCUUUUAUAAAGCUGGGGAAAGUAGAAUGUAAUUUGUAAUAGACACCAUAAUCUUAGUAAAAUGCAGAUCGAUCUAGUUCUAACCUAGGACAAAAUAGAGGUUUGAAUGAAUUAACUUCUCUAAGUUCACAAAGUCAAAAAUGAACAGAUGUCUGGCUAGUUUUGUGAAAAAACCUAGCACUUGUAAAUAGAAUAUUUAUAUUUCAACAUUUUUAAGAGGCAUUAGUAGAAUGCCUUCAGUCUAUUAUCGGUGAAGACAGAAAGACAAGUACAGUUUCUUCACUCUAGUGGUUCAUAAUGUAGCGGGUGAGAGAGAAAUGAGGUUAUUUAUAUGAAGUACAAUAUGAUAGCAUUUAUUACCAAGAUAGUACUAGGAUUCUAGAAGAAAACAAAAAGGUGAUAGUUCAAUCAGAGAUAUGAACUUCCUUCCAGAGAAGCAUGCUUAAACUGAAUUUAAGAGCAAUAUGCAGAUGCACCAGGGAUAUAUAUAUUAUGGACUAUCAGUACCUUGAUUGUUGUGAAAGCCACUUGGGAAGUGGAGUUGAGCCGUGAACAACACAGGUUGUAACUGUGUAGCUCCACUUACAUAUUGGGUUUUUUUCAGUAGUAAAUGCUUUAGUAAUAAACGAUCCCAAGUUGGUUGAAUCUGCAGAUAUGGAACCGGAGUUACGGAGGGCAGACUGUAGGAUAUGCAUAGAUUUUGGACUGCAUAGAGGGUCAGCACCCCUUACCCCCUCACUGUUCAAGGAUCAACUACAUUAAGACAUAAGCCUAGAAAGGUGGAGAGGUUAGAUCCUAGAGGGUCUUGUAUUUUUCUCAUUACCACCUAUUACCUACCUCAAAAUUGAAGUGGAAUGUGUUUCCUCCUGCCUGACAAAAAAGAAAAAAUUCAGGAAAAAAAUAAAAUUGCUCGCUUGAUGUAUGUGUAAAAAAGAUUGAAUAUAUCCAUGCCGACCUUAUUUUGGACCAAGAAUACAAUAGUAUCCUCUUCGGAGACACAUGCAUAGCAUAUAAAGGCAAGGUGACUUACAAGUGAGGUCAGAUAGUCUUAGGAACUUUGUAGCUCAUACUGUAUCAAUGCCAAGAGUAGUCAGGAUUAUUAAAGCACAGGUGCACAAGUGAAGGUAGUUGUAAUUUCUGCGUUUCCUGGGUGCACAGAAGAGAUUUCCAAUCUUUUCGGUCUAAACAAGGAGAUGUGCUCCUUUCAAAGCCUUUGAGAAGAUACUGUAUCACAGGAAAUUGAAAACAAGAAUGAAAGAUUCUUACGGACCCCCUUUUUUUACUUUCCCUGUUAUCUAAUGAGAGUAGAUGAACAAAAGAAGUGGCGUCCCUAGUGGCUCAGUGGUAAAGAAUCUGCCUGCAGUGCAUUAGACGCAGGUUCGAUCCCUCAGUUGGGAAGAUCCCUUAGGGAAGGAAAUGGCAACCCACUCCAGUAUUCUUGCCUGGGAAGUCCCAUGGACAGAGAAGCCUAACAGGGUUCAGUCCAUGGGGUCUCAAAAGAGUCGGAAACGACUUAGCAACUAAACAACAAAAUUAAUACCCGAGUAAUAGCAUUUUUAAUACUGCACCCUGUUAUUCUCAGUCUGCUACUAUAGAAGUAAUAGAUAGUACUAGCUUCCAAAAAUAGCUCAUGAUUAUGCUAUAUAUAUUGCCUUUCAUGGUUUCCUUUACUUUGCCCUAAACCAGUUCCAAGAUGGUAAUCUGAAAUGCCACUCCAGUAUUGCAAAAAAGAGGGUAGGUAGAAAUACAUCUCCUGUGGUUUUUGAGAGUACAAAGAAGCAUCCUACUCUCUGGUUAGUGUACAUGUCUGUGGUGUGUAAUAAAAAUCAACAUGAACUC